AUGGCUGACUUGAAAGAGCAGGAGUACGUGCACGAUGUGUACAACGAAAUAGCACCGCAUUUUUCGCAAACUAGGUACAAACCAUGGCCUAUUGUCUGGUCUUUCCUUAUGGAACAAACCCCAGGAAGUAUAGGUAUCGAUGUCGGAUGUGGUAAUGGGAAAUAUUUGGCAGUGAAUCCGAACGUGUUUCUUAUUGGGUCUGAUAGGUCAUCGGGCCUGAUCGAUUGUGCGGCCCAAAUCAAUGGACAAUAUAAUGUCUUGAUUGCCGAUGGGAUGAACUUGCCUCAUCGAGAUAAUACUUUUGAUUUUGCCAUCUCCAUUGCUGUGGUACAUCAUUGGUCUACUAGGGAACGUAGGAUAGCGGCAAUUAAGCAUAUUCUUUCCAAAGUAAGACAAGGUGGGCAUGUCAUGAUAUAUUGCUGGGCUUUGGAACAAGGUCAAUCUAGAAGAGGCUAUCAUGAAGGUAUGGAACAAGAUGUCUUAAUCCCAUGGGUGUUGCAGACAGAGGGGAGUAAGGAUAAAGAAGCGAAGAAGAAGAAGAAGCAUGCGGUUGCCAAUCCACCAGAUAUUUCCAAGAUACCGCCUCAUGAACGUUCAGCGUACAUUGCUAAAUGGAGAGAGGAACAAGAGAGCAAGAGACUGGAGGACCAAAGGAGAGCUAAAGAAGAACAGGAGAAACAAGAGGAGGAGCAGAAGAAAAAUACCAAAUACAGGUUCUACCAUUUAUAUCGUGAGGGAGAAUUGGAAGAAGAUUGCAUACAAGCCGGUGGGGUUGUUCAAAGAACAGGAUAUGAGAAGGAUAAUUGGUAUGUAAUGAUGCAGAAGCCUUAA